ACACAAACAGGAUAUUAGUAACCAGAUGCUAGAACAUACAUGUUUCGUUUAUAAGGGUUUCACAACACCGUUGUUAAAAUAGGUUUACAUAGAUCAGUGAUCGUCGUCAUUAUGGAGGGGAUGUGUACAUCAUUCUUCAUGCUAUCAUAUGUAUCUACUGCGAUCGUUUGCUGUUAUCUACAAAAUGCCUAUGGUGAUCAUAUCUUUGUUAUGGAAUCAGCAACCUGCGUGAGAGCCACUAUUAACUGUAUGAUGGACCACAACGGAGUACUCGCCUACGAACCACACUUAUAUCAGUACGAACAGGACACCGGCUGUUCCACGGCGCAUCUAUCUAUUUGGCUUUGGAAUAGAGAACCAUUCACUUGUAAAUUCCAGGACGGUACAGCUACUACUCAGCCAGAGAACGAACAAUCAACUUCACAUCUAUCAUCAUCAUCAGCAGCAGCAGCAGCAGCAGUAUCUUCUUCAAAGAAAACACAUAGAUACAUUUGCGUCACAAACGGUGUGAUGGGCAAAAAGACUGAUCUGUGUAAUCCCAAAGCAGUACCCAUAAUAAAUAUGGAACAAUCUAAGAAUUAUGUCGAGGCCAUUAUAGGAUCCAGUGUCGGUGCCGUGGCUAUCCUAGCUAUGUUGGUGCUGCUGAUUCUCUACAAAAGACGAACAAGAGAAAGACCAACGCCAUACUGGCCUAAUACAUCCAAUAGAUCAGACGAUGGAGCCGAAACAGUGAUUAUUGAGUCUGCACAGGACUCAUCGAUCAAUGAAGACAUCAAUGACCAUCAUUAUACAUUGCCAAAGACUACUAGUUCGUGUGUGAAAAUGGUCAAUUUGGUACGCCCUGCACUAAAGAAAACUACUGAUGUUCGGGCAUGGGCCUCUGAGGCGGAUCUUUGUUUGUUGCCCUAUCAGUGUUCCGAAAGACCUCAUAGAGGGUUGUGCUUCACCACAUCAGUCGGAAGCAAAUCCGGGGCUGUCUCAGCUCCAGACAUUCAUAUUUAUGAAACUAUAGAGCCAUGUAACAGUACUUAUCACCGGGAAAACACAGGUAGAUGCAAAAAUUGUAAGACUAUCAGUAAACCAUACUGUCAAACAGACGGUGACCACGGUUACAUAGAAUUCUUCGCAACUUCUGGAGCGGCCUCUGCUCCUGACCUACAUUUGUACGAGGAAUUGAAACCCUGUAGUUGUAUUGAUAAACUAGGAAAAGCAUGUAACUGUAUUAAAUAUACCUCUCUACGUCUACAAAGCAAUCCUUAGCAUGAAGUUCAUGAUGAUAUGGACUCCCGUGUAAUAUCUGGAUCUGCUACCGCUCCCGACCUAACUUAAAUAGGUGCGCGAGAGGAGGACCCUGCAAUGGUGUUGGGAAAACAAAUAGAAAAAAGACAAGUUAAGAGUCGCUUGCAUUCGAUACAUCACUCUCGUGUCAUAUAUCAUAAAAAAAACUUGUGUCUAUUAUUUUUAAGAUGUAGGCUAUGGAACGCAUAUGUUGUAAGGAAGGAUGGACAUAUAUAAUGGAGUUAUACAAGGGAGUCCUAGUGGCAACCCCUUAUUGGAAUUAUGCGUCACGCAUCGAGAAAGAGCGGCCCAUCAAACAACUUAAUCUUCGAGAAUUUGAUCACCUCAGAUUUAAGUUUGGACUGUAUUCCCUCAAAUAUGAAAUUUAAAAAAUAAAAUAGUAUUUAUUUAUUUUAAGAAAUGUGAUGAUGAAUUGCAGAAAACCAAAUUUUCUUACUUUGCUCCAACGUAGUAAAUGUACUAUGGUAAUGCAAAUUCUUUGCCAGCACCAUUUGCGACUACGGGAGCAGUUUGGGGAAUUUGUUACGUUGUAACAAUCAAUACCUGCUCCCAAGAGAAGAUAACUCUGCAAUACGCA